UUGAAAAGUGCUUGGAUUGCAAUACUAGCCUUGGAUUUUGCUAGCAAGUCUACCUUCUUGUAUAAGCUGAAGAGUGGUGAGGUUAUGCAAAGUUCCCCACCAGUGGGCUUCAGCGUGGACUCUCUAGAAACCUCUUAUCAUGUAUCCUUGACCUGGCAUGUUGGUGAUCAAGACAAGCUCCAUGCCAUCUGCAAGAACUGUCUGGAAGGCACAGAUACCCUCAUCUUUGUGUUAGACAGUACUGACAAAACCUGGCUGCCAGAUGCAAUGGCUAGGUUGGAGAAAGUUCAGAGUAACAAACCAGUCUUGCUUCUAGCCAACAAACAGGAGCUGCCAGGGGCACUCUCCCUUCCAGAGCUGCAAGGAAAACUAAAUCUGGAAUGGUUAAGUAACUGCAUCUAGGAGAUAGGGUGCAGUGCUUACACUGGUGAGAAGCUCACAGAGGCCUUAAUUGUCCUGGCUGGACUGCUGAUGAGAAGUCAAAAAGAUCAUUCCCAUCUGUGCAAAAGUGAUCUGAAACAUCCAAUGCUUCAGAAGGGAAGAAACUUGGAACACAAAACUGGAAGAUUUGGUUAACAACUUCCACUAGUAAUUCCUCAGGAAUCUGCUUAUUUCUGCACGCUCAUCAGAAAACACACCUCAGCUCCUGGGCACCAUAUAUAUAACUAUUGGAACUCAAUAUUGCAUGUGCAGUAUUGAAUAAUAUCCAGUAGUUCAGCUACCUCAUGAAGUCCUAUAAGGCGAACCUCUUAGCAGAACUGAGUUAAUGGACAGGGCUGCUU